UCGUUUCAUGCAGGGUGAAACUCAAAUUGAUCAGCGUUUCUGAUUUACUUGAAAUUCUUGAGUCUGACGCUAUGUUGUUAUUUAGAAACUGAAUUGUCAGUGUUACAUCCAGCAUGUUUCCAUGUGCUGUAACCGGACCGGUUCGCUGCUGGAUAAAGCAUUGCGCUGUAAGAUCAUUUGGUGCAGGACGCCCUAGAUUAGUUUUGGGGAUUGAGACCAGCUGCGAUGAAACCGGGGCGGCAGUGCUGGACGAGGCUGGAGUGAUUCUGGGGGAGUCUUUGCAUUCUCAGAAACAGACACACCUUGAUACUGGUGGCAUUAUUCCAACAGUGGCCCAACGCUUACACAGAGAAAACAUCUCCAGAGUUGUCCAGGAGGCCUUAGACAGAAGUGGCAUUGAACCCAGUGAACUCACAGCUGUGGCCACAACAGUAAAGCCUGGUCUCGCCCUUAGCCUGGGGAUCGGCUUGGAUUUCAGUCUGAAGUUUGUAAGGCUCCAUGAAAAGCCGUUUAUCCCUAUACACCAUAUGGAGGCACAUGCCCUUACUGUACGAAUGUUGCACACUGUAGAUUUUCCAUUUCUCGUGCUCCUUGUCUCUGGAGGUCAUUCUCUUCUUGCAGUGGCUAAAGGAAUCGAUGAGUUUUUUCUUUUGGGGCAAACACUGGAUGAAGCAGCGGGGGACACUUUAGAUAAGAUUGCUAGAAGACUUUCUCUUAAGAAUCACCCAGAGUGUUCUACUUUGAGUGGCGGACAAGCCAUAGAGCUUCUAGCAGAAGAUGGGGACCGACUCGCGUUCCAUUUCAAGUCACCAAUGGGGCAGCUCUUCGACUGCAAUUUCUCUUUUGCUGGUUUGCGCAACCAGGUGACAAUGGCAAUACAAAAAAAGGAGAAAGAAGAGGGCAUUGAAACGGGACAGUUAUUAUCAUGUGUUAAAGACAUCGCUGCUGCCUCACAACACACUGUGGCGUCUCAUAUAGCUAAACGAACACAUCGUGCUAUUUUGUUCUGUAAGGCUAAAGGUCUUCUACCACAGCACAAUCCAACUCUGGUCGUUUCAGGAGGAGUAGCGAGUAAUGAAUACAUCAGACAGACUCUAAAAAUUGUCACAGAUGCCACUGGGUUGCGGUUACUUUGUCCUCCGUCAAAGUUUUGCACUGAUAAUGGAGUCAUGAUUGCAUGGAAUGGCAUAGAGAGACUAAAGCAAGGAAAGGGGAUUGUGUCCCAUACCCAAGAGGUCCACUAUGAACCAAAGGCACCGCUUGGAGUAGACAUCACCACAGAAGUUAAAGAGGCUGCAAUCAAAGUUCCACCUUUAAAACUGAGGAUAAAUUAUUGAUAUUGUGUUCUAAAAAGAGAGGGCAUUUCCUACGUAUUAAUAAAUGCAUAUUUAUUUAAAAAAUAUAUAUAUUUCUGUUUUUUUAUAUGCUUUUCUAUUAACUUUAGGCACGUUAGGCCAAAUUUACAAGUCCAUGUC